AUGAAUAAUCUGGUGGGUAUAUACAGUACAUAUAAGGUAAACUGUUAACCACAGUAUUAUUAAGUCAGUGUUGGUGCAGAUAUAGCUCAAAAUUAUAAUUGUUCUUCUGUAAAAUAUCAAAAAUCUGUUCUUGUCAAAAGCCACCAAAAAGCUUAUAAAGUUCUGUCAUUUUUACACCAGUUUUGAUGCAAUUGGUCAUUUAAAAAAAAAAAAAAACCAGAUGCAUGAAGCUCCUUCUCAUUAGAGAGCUUUUGAAAAUAUUCAGGUCCACACAGAGAGUGGUACAUUGGGGCAAUCCAAGAUUUCUCCUAAAUUAUUACAUUGGGUAUGGAUGAAAUGGUUGUAAUCCUCCUAAGGAAGUAAGUCCCACUGAACACAGCAGAGUAUACUUCCGAGUAAACAUGGGUAGGAUCAAACUCUAGAGCUCAUUGAACUGAGGGUGCUUCUAGAUGACUUGCUUAUUGAACUUUCAUCCUAAUUUGUUUAAGAAGUGACCUAUCCAUCUUGCUUGGAAUUCAUGUUUUCUCCACUUUUUCAUGGGUGAGGGGACACAUUUUGCCUAGAUUAACAUCCUGUUAUGUUACAAGAAACCAUCUGUUUUCUAUUAGAUUUUCAUCUUUUUGUGAUUUAUGAAGCUGCACGCUGUGCCAUAAUGCGUGGAAUCUCGGAGCAAAAGAAACAGAAAGGUUUGGGGCAUGUAGUAUAGACUAGAGGACUCCCAAAAAGGAAAUAACAUAUCUCUUCAAUUUGGGGUUUUAUUGGAUUGGAUUAAUACAUUUUUUACUUCAUUGUCAUUUGUGUGCUGGAAAUUUUUACAUAGACAUUUUACCUGAAAUUUGUAAAGGCCAAUGGUUUGCAGAAUAAGCCUGAUAAAGAGCAUGGUAACUAGCCAGUAGGCAGCAUCACUCAGUGGUUGCUGAAGGACCGUGUGUAUUUGUUUGUUUGUUGUGUGCACGCAAUAGUAGAAUUGGGAAUAGGAGCACAGCUAUUCCAGUCUAACUAUAUUUCAGGGCUUUGUUUCAGUGUUCGUAUCCAACAUGUUACAUAGUGCUUUAAAAAAUGCAGAGCUUUCAUCAAGAUUUCUACUGUAUUAUAUAAGCAAUCUCGUUAUAAGUGUGCAGCCUUUUUAGAAGGGGUGUGACUCCAUGAGGAAGAACCAAGGAAACAUUGUGUCCCCAUUCCAGACAAAUUUAGACUGCAAUCCUGUGCCUGGGAGUAAGCCUCAUUGAACUCAACGGGACUGACUUUUGACUAGACAUAUAUAGGAUUGCAUAGUUAGUUGGGCCUAGGUUUCAUUUAAAUUCAUGGGUCACCGGUUAGUCACAAUUGACUUGACCCAUAUAUUGCAAUGGCUCAUCAGCAUGGCUUUCUCUGGAUCAGAACCCCUGAGAACAAUCACAAAAUUAGACAGUAACUUUGAGAAGCAUUGUUUUGGCUUCAUACUCUAUCUACAGAAGUUGUUAAGAAUAAAUCCCAGAAGGGUGUAAUGAAUGAACUCCUCAACUCCUAGAUAUGCAGAUUGGGAUGCUGGGCGUGAUCCUGCACUUCCUUUUUCCAGAUUGCUCCCUUUGGCAUUUUUCAAAAGCACUAAAUUACUUGUUACGUGUACACAUUAUGUAAUACAUAUGUUUGUGUUCUCCCAAAGAUGGGUCAGCCCUGUUGAAACAGAAAACAAUCCUUUUAUCAGCUCAAGCACCAAGCAAAAUAGUGUUUAUGUUGUCUUCAAAACAUAAGCAUUCCAAAUGGUGUCACUUAGCCAUCUGUGCUGUUUUGCUUCACAGACAGAAACACCCUCCCCAAAGCAACUGCUAGACCAAACUCGGCUAAAUGUGAUUUUAAAAUAUGCAUCUUUGCAGUUGAUUUAAAAGGGGUGAAAUGCUUAUGGUACCUAAUGGAAGUGCUUGAUUGUGUUGAUGUAGGUAAAACGUUGACAUGUCUGCAUCAGAUCUUUCAUAAUCAGAGAAUGCAGUCUCCUGUCGUUUUCCAUAAUAGAUCAAACACCAAGCUUGCAGUCUUCCCUUUCCCUCAUGAAGGACACUGCCAGACUGCCACACUUUUGUUUGACUCUCAUCCUGUGCCCAAGAAGGGUGCACCUUUAUAACCCACCACACAAAUACAGGUACAUUGCCGUAAAGAGCACUAGCUAAAUUGCCCUCUAACAAAUGCCAAAGCUUGUGCUGCUUUUUUAUUGUUCCAGAAGGAGUUUAUUGUAGGAUGGAUGCGUGCUGCUCACGCAAGGGCACUGUGAUAUCUAAAUGGCACCACGAAGCCAGUUUUAAAUGGCAAGAAAACAGCAACGACUUGACGGUGGCGUCGUAUAACCUCCGCUCAAACGAGGGCGAUUGCUCGUCUGGAAGCGACGGGGGAACCUCCGCUGGCCAUAACAGAGAAGCUCUGCUAGCGGCUGUGCCCUCUCUGGCAACUAAGAGAGAUUUAAUUCCUGCCAGCAGAGGGCAAUGGCGGGGCCCAGAGAGGUCUAUCGACACCCCACACUUCCCCCAUAUUCCAAGUCUAGAUAGCAGCGAAGAAUAUGAAUGAAUCUGGAAUGUGUACUGAGCGCGCUUCUGGGUUUGUAAGCCGUUUCCUUUUCUUCUAGCACAUCGCGUGCCCUUUCCUCACCGCUGCUGAAGGCCAGGCUCCGGCUGGCAGAAGCCCGGGAGGAGCAAGGCGGCAGCGCGCGCGGCGUUGCAUCAGUCGGCUUCCUGCAGGAGCGGGGAGGGCUCUGGGCAUGCGGACAUUCAAAGUGACUUUGCCGUUCGGGCUGCUCGAUGACGCGAGCGCUCGCGGGAUGGGAGUGUCCGUCUGGCUCCCCGCCGAAGUGACGUCUUCCCAGGCACCGCGGGUCAUGUGA